GCCCAAAUAGUAACGAGGGGCGGCCGCUUCUUGGGCCGGAGGCGUCGGUGGCGGUUGUGGUUGUGGCGCGUGGCGCGCCGCCGACGGCGUGCACCGGCGCGGGCGAGCCGCUGGAUGCACUUCUCGGGGAGCGCGAGCAAGGGAGAGGUGACCCACCACAAGCAACAAUGACUAGGUACUACAGGCGCCGGUGAUCCAGCGCCUGUCCUCCAAGGCUUCUCAACGUGGUCCUGGCCAUGCCGGCUUGCCCGCACCUUGUUCGACGAAAUGCCGAGGCCGGAGAACCCAGCUAAGCAGCAGGAGUUCUCGGCUUGUCGCCAGCAGCAGCUUACCCUGUGGCAACUAGCCACCUUAACUCGUGUUUGAGCCUAUUCCCGUUUCGACUAGUCCGUGAAGGGAAGGGACAAGGGAUGUCUGCCCUCCACAGGGACCUGGAGGGCCAGCAGCAGACGCGGAGACGCCGCCGGUGCCUGACUACCGCGCUCCAGGAUAUCUGCCCAAUACUCGGAAUCUCGGAUGCAUGGGACCGCAAGCGAUCACCUGCAGCUCCAGGAUCUCCUGAACGUUCUUGGCCCCUUCGUUCACACCAGAGUCAAGAUAUUCUUGCAAUGGGUUCUAAUCUUCUAGGGUCUCUAUGCUUUAUGACAUUGCCAUGUGGUUAUUCAUACUCAUCUAGUCAUCUUGCACAAGCUCAGCUGUCUGUGGUACACAUUUAUCAGAAGAGUAAAAUUUCACAAGAAAUAAAGUGCCAGAAUUCCCUUAACGUUUAUUACACUGUAGUAGUACAUAUCUUAAGGGGCAUCUGUUCCAUCAUGUAUUGAUUGUUUUCAUGGACUGUAGUACUCCCUUAUUUCCUUGAGUUCUUUGUACUUGGGUUGGAGAGAUAUCAAUGCGAUUUGAUCACCCACGGCAGUACUGGCUGCUGGAUUAAUUCAACCUUUCUGGUCAAAGAUUUAAACAGCUUCUUCUUCCUUUUUUUUUCUUUUUUUUUCAAUACCCGUCUUUAUAGCUCUGGCCUCAUAAAGGCCGUUGCCCAUUUUGAGGAAAGAUGCCAACUUUUAAGGCCCUGUUUAGUUCCCCACCUAAAAUUUUUUCAUCCAUCCCAUCGAAUCU